AUGAGCGCGCAAUCGUCAUCUUUCAGCCGGAACCCUGGCCCCAUGCGACGCUCCUCCAUCGGCUCCCGACUCUCCUUUGCCGUGUCGACAGCAGAGCAAGGCGUGGCCAGCAUCCAACCCCCCGCCGAGGCGCAGAUUGAAGAGGAAAUUGCUGAAAUCAAGAGAUAUGAGGACUUCACAACCAUAGACUGGGUCCAGGAUGCCUCCCGCGAACAGGCACGCCGCAAAACGAGACAAAAACGGGCAGCGGGCUUAUAUGAACGAGGACAGCAUGGCUGGCGGUACCGACUGUGGGCUUCGUAUGACGCUGCGCAGGGUUGGAUCGUCGUCACUAUAAUUGGCGCUGCGAUUGGCUUGAAUGCCGCGUUUUUAAACAUCGUAACCGAGUGGUUGUCUGAUAUUAAGCUGGGGUAUUGCACCACGGCGUUUUAUCUGAACGAGAAGUUUUGCUGUUGGGGGGAGGAUAAUGGAUGCCCGAAUUGGCAUCGGUGGACGGGCUUUGGACCGUUGAACUACUUUUUAUAUCUAAUAUUUGCGACUUGCUUUGCCUUUGUGUCGGCCGCUCUGGUCAAGUCGUUUGCGCCCUAUGCAGCCGGUUCUGGCAUUUCCGAAAUCAAAUGCAUUAUUGCGGGCUUCGUCAUGAAGGGAUUCCUUGGUUUCUGGACGCUGGUCAUCAAAUCUGUCUGCCUCCCUCUGGCUAUUGCGUCUGGCUUGUCAGUCGGCAAAGAAGGCCCCAGCGUUCACUAUGCCGUCUGUACGGGCAACGUCAUCUCACGACUUUUCACGAAAUACCGAAGCAAUGCGUCCAAGACGCGAGAAAUCCUGAGCGCCUGUGCCGCAGCAGGUGUAGCAGUGGCCUUUGGCAGUCCCAUCGGCGGAGUUCUCUUCUCUCUUGAAGAAAUGUCAAACCACUUCCCGCUGAAAACCAUGUGGCGAAGCUAUUUUUGCGCUUUGGUGGCCACGGCUGUUCUUGCGGCCAUGAAUCCCUUCCGUACGGGGCAGCUCGUCAUGUUCCAGGUUAAAUAUGAUCGGGACUGGCACUUUUUCGAGCUUGUGUUCUACAUCAUCAUUGGGAUUUUUGGCGGUCUUUACGGCGCGUUUGUUAUCAAGUGGAAUUUGCGGGCGCAAGCGUUCCGCAAGAAGUACCUUACGAAAUAUGCGAUCCUUGAAGCUACCCUUUUGGCUGCCGGAACGGCGAUUAUCUGCUACCCGAAUGCGUUUCUGCGAAUCGACAUGACUGAGAGCAUGGAAAUUCUGUUCUUGGAGUGUGAGGGCGCCGAAGAUUACCAUGGGCUAUGCGAGCCGAACAGGCGGUUUUGGAACAUUGUUUCGCUGUCGAUUGCCACUGUCCUGCGGAUUUUUCUCGUCAUUAUUUCAUAUGGCUGCAAGGUGCCUGCAGGUAUCUUUGUGCCGUCCAUGGCGAUUGGAGCUUCGUUUGGACGUACCGUUGGCAUUAUGGUCCAAGCUAUCCACGAAGCGAAUCCCAAGAGCAUAUUCUUCGCGGCCUGCAAGCCUGACGAACCAUGCAUAACUCCAGGGACGUAUGCAUUUCUUGGCGCUGCUGCUGCGCUCAGUGGAAUUAUGCACAUUACAGUUUCGGUCGUGGUCAUCAUGUUUGAACUAACAGGAGCGCUUACAUACAUCUUGCCAACCAUGAUUGUGGUGGGCGUCACCAAAGCUGUUAGCGACCUCUUUGGCAAAGGUGGUAUUGCCGAUCGCAUGAUUUGGUUCAAUGGAUUUCCGUUCCUGGACAACAAGGAGGAACACAACUUUGGCGUUCCCGUCUCGCAAGUCAUGAGAACCUCAUUGGUGUCCGUGCCUGUCACGGGAAUGACACUCGGCCAGGUAGAGCAGCUUCUUUCCGAGGACAAGUACCAGGGCUUCCCCAUCGUGGAAGACAGCUCCUCCAAGAUCCUAGUGGGCUACAUUGGCCGAACGGAGCUCCGGUACGCAAUCGACCGCAUCCGACGCGAACGACAUGUCAUCAGCCCCAGCGCGAGAUGUGUAUUUGCGCCCCCUUCCGCCAUGAACUCGAUCACGCCUAUAACUCCCACUGUCACCAUCAGCACGGACUCGUCAUCAUCCACGUCCCUCGAUUUUAGUCGCUACAUCGACGCUACACCUGUGACGGCCCAUCCCAGACUGCCUCUCGAGACGGUCAUGGAACUGUUUCGAAAGAUUGGCCCGCGUGUCAUCCUCAUCGAAUAUCACGGCAAACUGACAGGACUGGUCACAGUAAAGGACUGCCUCAAGUACCAGUUCAAAGUGGAGGCGGCGGAAAACCCGAAAGACGACCAUCGCAUUCACGAGGGCCAGGAACAGCUGUGGGAUGUGCUGCGCAAGGCGGGUAACUGGGUGUCAGGUCACAUUUCGACCGUCUCCCGCGGCAGAAUACGAUUAAGCGGCGAUGAGGACAGGACACGAGGCCGCGGGGCAAUUCUAGAUGGCGAUGAGGACGUUGGCGACGAAGGAGUCGAAUUGGAAAGUCGAAGAUAG